AUAGUGGCAAAUUAAAACUAAAAUGUAGUGCCAAAGUCCACUGGAAAUGGAAGAUGGAAGCAUCAACCUUCCUCCUGGGUUCUUCUUCUCUCCAACAGAUGAAGAACUUGUUCUUCACUUUCUCUUUUGCAAGGCUUCUCUUAUACCAUGCCAUCCCAACAUCAUCCCUGAGCUUCAUUCAUCUCACCUUGAUCCUUGGGAACUAAAUGGUAAGGCGUUGUUCAGUGGAAAUCAAUACUAUUUCUUCAGCAAAGUGAAUGAAAACAGAACAACAGAAAAUGGGUAUUGGAAGGAAAUAGGAAUGACAGAACCUAUAUUGUCAACCGUUGACAAGAAAGUGGGAAUGAAGAAGUACUUGGUAUUCCACAUCGGUGAAGCUCCACAAGACACAGAAACCAAUUGGGUGAUGCAAGAAUAUCAUAUAUGUUCCUCUGGGUUUGACAUGGCGUCAUAUCGAAGUGCUAGGAGAAGAAGAAAACAUGAUCAAAGUUGGAGCAAGUGGGUUUUGUGCAGAGUGUAUGAGAAGAGGAGGUGUGAAGAAGGUGUAAAGUGCUAUAGCGAUGAUGAGGAUGAGAAUGGAUCAGAGCUUUCAUGGCUAGACGAAUUUUAUCUGAGGUUGGAUGAUGAUCUGGAAGAGAUUGGCAUGUCUAGCUAAUUAAAUUGAAUUAAUGUAUACCAAUAUUAUAUAUAUAUUAGCAUAAUAUAUAUAUAUAUAUAUAUAUAUAAGAAUUUGUAUAUUAAUUAUAAUGUCUCAAUUAUGUGCAUUGUUUUUGUUGUGCUAUGAGGGUUGGGCUCACACAUAUAUAUAAUAUGUUUAUAUCAGUAAAAUAUUGUUUAUUUUAGGCCUAAA